CCCCCACAUACACACCUCUGGAUGCCCCCCCGCACUCCCACGAUAGCUCAGUGUUUUAUGUCUGCGUCACAACAAGUCGGCGGAGGGCGAGAGGCAGAGAGAUGAUGGCGUCUCUGGCGGCUUGAUUCCGGUGCAGCUCAGACAAAAUCCGCCUUAUAAAAGCUUCGGCGGCUGGGAGAGGGGUGAGGUGUGAGGGGGGCGAGAGAGCAACAGCGACGGGGACAUGAUGAAAUGGCACCGCGGAGAAAGGACGGACAAACUAGUCUGAGAGAGACGGACGGACAGUCAGUCGCCUCCUCCUCCUCGCUGCUGACGGUUUGACUGACACACACACACACACACACACACACACACACACACACACACACACACACUCAGAGAGGCGCCUGGCACAGACAGAGACAUACAUGCAAACCAGCCACUUUUUGCAAACCAGCACGCUGCGCGUCGGAGCUGCCAGUAAUUGGGCAUCCAUAGCUGAUGAGGGCAUUUCAUGUCCAGCCUAUCCAGGAAUCCCAGUGACCCCAACGGAAAGGAGUUCGACUUGGCAGGAUGGGGGGAGUCAGUGAGGGAGAUGAUGUGUUGGCUCGUUGGAGUGAUGGACUACUGUACCUUGGCAAUGUGAAGAGAGUCGACGGAGUCAAGCAGUGCUGUUUGGUGAGAUUUGAAGACAACUCUGAGUUCUGGGUUCUGAGAAAGGACAUUCACUCGUUCGCUGCCGGAGUGGAAGACGUUUGCUGUAUUUGUGAUGCGCCGCCUCUUAAAGAACCCCUCAUAAAUUGUCUUAAAUGUCGCCACGGUUAUCAUCCGGAGUGCCACACACCAACCAUUGAGCCAGAAGCUGACAGCGAUUCCUGGAUUUGUCGGCAAUGUGUCUUUGCAGUCGCAACCAAGAGAGGAGGGGCUCUCAAACGAGGGCGCUUCGCCCGGCUCAUGCAGUUCAUGAAACUCCGGCUCCCCUACCAGCUGUCAUCCUUAGACUGGGACCCUCAGCAUCUCACCAAUCAGCAGCAGUGUUACUGCUACUGUGCCGGACCUGGAGAGUGGAACCUGAAGAUGCUGCAGUGUGGCAGCUGUGGUCAGUGGUUCCAUGAGGCCUGCACACAGUGUCUAUUAAAGCCAUUGCUGUAUGGGGACAGGUUUUAUCAGUUCCAGUGUUCAGUUUGUUCAAAGGGACCGGAGACGGUUCAGAGGCUACCCAUGACCUGGGUGGACUUGGCUCAUUUAGUGCUCUACCACCUCUCGCUGUGCUGUAAGAGGAAAUACUUUGAUUUCGACCAUGAAAUCCUGUCCUUCACCAACGAGAACUGGGACUCGUUGCUCCUGGGCCCGCUGUCUGACACGCCGAGGCAGGACCGCUGUCACAAUCUCCUCAAUGCUCUCAACUCUCACAAGGACAGGUUCGUCUCUGGUAAGGAGAUCAAGAAGAAGAAGUGUCUGUUUGGGCUGCAGGUCCGAGCUCCGCCUCCACUGACGUCUGAUUCGUCACCUCUCGUCACUGAUCCGCCUAUCAGCAUCACUCACCGGAGAAGCCCAUUGUCACUGCCCUGCCAGAGGAGAGUGGGGGGAUCGGAGUUACGUAAAUCAAAGCGUCGCAUCAUGGAGACACAGGCCUGUCCACCUCCAGUCGCUGCCAACCCAGUGGAACUUCUGCCUUGUUGCCAUGGAUACAUGGGAGGAGCCAACCUUUUCAAUUCCAGGAAGUUGGAUGAGGAGAUUAAUGCAUGCUCCGCUCCUAAGCGAAUGUAUGCCCUGUACCACACCUCUUACAACGGGAACGCUGCUCUCUCCAGGGGUCUUCAUCAUUACAACAGCAUGGAGGACACUUGCAGGGUACCACCAACAUGCUUCCCAUACCCCUUCAGCUCCAACGGAAACCCCCACCUCCACCAGCACCCCCACAACCACCAGCACCAACACCAGCACCAGCCAGGUCAGAAGCAGCUGGAGUCCCUCAUCCUGCGUGACGUUCCUCCAUAUCAGACCAGCGUUGGCGGCGGUGGGGGCAGUGGCGGAGCAGGAGGUGGAGCAGGAAUGGGUGUGGGUAUGGGAGGGAGUGACGGGAUUGUGGCCAGGAGCUGGGCAGGAGGAGGAGAGGCUGUGAGGAUCUUGGCGAGACGUGUCACCCCAGAUGGGAAGGUGCAGUACCUGGUGGAGUGGGACAACGUGGGUCUGUACUGAGUGGGAGAACAGGACUGUGGUGUAUUUAAUGUGUGGCCGUGUGUAAAGAACAAACAAAAAAAUGAAAACAUGGUACAGAUGGAGGUUUUCUCUCAUAGUACCACCUCAGUUCGACAUCAUUAUAACCUCAGUACUACGUGUUCCUCUUUGCUAGUGUUCUUCUGAUAUUUGUACUGUUAACUUUGAAAUAUGCUUUUGCAUUUAUCAUGUUUUACAGUGAUUAUAGAAACUACUUCAAUUUCCAGAUAAUUUAUCAGUGUUUCACCCUUAUUAGGAAAAACAGUUGUAAUGGUUUAUGUACUGUAUAUACUCUGCUGCAGGUAUACAAGGUACUAGAAGUACACUUUCUGUUUCUUUUGUAUUUUACAGUUUUUAAUUUACAAUGUACCUGAGAAAUGUUUAUUUUCCUGCUUGAUUAUAGAUACUUGAUCCCACAUCGGGAAAAUAUUGGGACUGUGUGAAAAUACAAAUAAAACAAUCAAAAGUGA